AUGUCCUGCCAGCAGAGCCAGCAGCAAUGCCAGCCCCCUCCCAAGUGCACCCCCAAGUGCCCUCCCAAGUGCCAGACACCAAAGUGUCCCCCAAAAUGUCCUCCUAAGUGUCCCCCUAAGUGCCUUCCUGUGUCUUCCUGCUGUAGUCUGGGUUCUGGGGGCUGCUGUGGUUCCAGUUCCGGGGGCUGCUGUGGUUCAAGCUCCGGAGGCUGUUGCAGCUCUGGCGGUGGUGGUUGCUGCCUGAGCCACCACAGGCCCCGCAGAUCUCUCCGUCGCCACCGUCAGAGCUCUGGAUGCUGUAGCAGUGGUGGUAGCAGUGGCUGCUGUGGCAGCAGCGGUGGCGGCAGUGGCUGCUGUGGCAGCAGUGGUGGCGGCAGCUGUGGCAGUAGCCAGCAGUCUGGUGGUUGUUGCUAA